GUGCGGGGAGUGCCGGGACUGGGUGCGCAGAGUGCCGGCUGUGAGGAUCACUCCGCACGAGAUGAAAGCUUGCAGACGCCGCACGCCAUUUUGGGUGGCAGAGACUUGCGGAGCGACGGGAGAAAGUGUUAAUCAUGUUGGGCUCUGGGUUCAAGGCGGAGCGCUUGCGAGUCAACCUGCGACUGGUCAUCAAUCGCCUCAAACUACUGGAGAAAAAAAAGACUGAGUUGGCGCAGAAGGCAAGGAAGGAGAUUGCAGAUUACCUGGCAGCUGGAAAAGAUGAGCGUGCCAGGAUUCGUGUGGAGCACAUCAUCCGUGAAGAUUACCUUGUGGAGGCCAUGGAGAUCCUGGAGCUGUACUGUGAUCUGCUGCUUGCCCGCUUUGGCUUGAUCCAGUCCAUGAAGGAGCUGGACUCUGGCCUGGCAGAGGCAGUAUCGACACUGAUUUGGGCUGCACCACGCCUCCAGUCAGAAGUGGCCGAGCUGAAGAUUGUUGCUGAUCAAUUGUGUGCUAAGUACAGCAAGGAGUACGGGAAGCUGUGCCGGACAAACCAGAUUGGGACAGUCAAUGACAGGCUGAUGCACAAGCUGAGUGUGGAAGCACCACCCAAGAUCCUGGUGGAGAGAUACCUCAUCGAGAUUGCAAAAAACUACAAUGUGCCCUAUGAGCCUGACUCAGUGGUGAUGGCUGAAGCCCCGGCAGGCGGAGAGGCAGAUCUGAUUGAUGUGGGCUUCACGGAUGAUGUGAAGAAGGGUGGCGGAGGUGGUGGAUUUACAGGCCCAAUGAUAGGUCAUGAUGGGUUAGUACCCAUGCCUGUGAUGAUGCCUAUGCCCAUGCCAACAACAAAUCCACCCUUCUCCUAUCCACCUCCAAAGGGACCGAUUGAUGAGCCUAACGCUGACAAGGAUCCUGCUGCAUUAGUACCUGGGCCUGAGCCCAAGCCAGAAGCUUCUAAACCAAAAGCUGGAGCUCCUAAUACCGUUGAUAACUUUGUGCUGCCUGAAUUGCCAUCUGUGCCAGACACACUACCAACAGCAUCUGCUGGCGCCAACUCUUCUGCCUCAGAAGACAUUGACUUCGAUGAUCUUUCACGGAGAUUUGAGGAGCUGAAGAAGAAGACAUAAAACUUCCUGGGCUGCGGGGGAAGGAGCUGUGACAUCUCUCUGAAACAGACUCCCUUUGAAAUUGGUUUCCUGUAUUAACCUCCAAUGAACGUGGUCUUCUUUUUGAGCUCUCUUCCUGCUGUACUUACACCAGGUGCUACUGCUUUCCUGAUCUUUGCUGCUCCAGGAGAUGAACUGUGGGGAAUGUUGUGAGAGUGAGGCAGGGAAGAGCCCCUGUCAGUCUGGGUAGCUGUAUGGGGAAGCUGUGCAUGAUGUUCUGGGCACCGUUCCUGGCUGCCUCCAUGAUGGCUCCGUGCCUGCCAGCAGAGGCUUUCUCUUGGGGAGCCCUCGAUGGCCUUCACGGUGUUAUCAGUGGGGUCUGUUUGCAGUUUGUGGAAGGGUGGCACUGUCUGCCUGGGCCCCACAGCAGGCAGAGCUAAGGAGGCUCUGCUGCUGCCUCGGGGUUUUGAUGCAGCAGCUUUUCUCCCGGGUGCUGAGCAGCUCUGGACCACUGAGGUGAGGGGACGAGGCAUGGAGCGUGGUCUUACGGGAUAUGCAGCAGCACCUUGUCUACCCUACCCGAGCCACGGGCGAGGCAUUCCGGGACUGUAAUGUACGUGUUGGUGGCACUGUCUGCAGCUGUCCCGUACGUGUCCGCGACGCUGCCCGCGGCUGUACAGCCCGUGUCCCGUCCUUGUCCGCUUCCCCGGGGGCUCGGGUCCUUUGUACCUCCUUCAAUAAAGCGCGCUCCGGGGCUCGCCGUGUGCGCGCAUCGCCGGGG